AUGAUUAUGAUAAUUUUCGUUUCAUUAAUUGGUAAUAUUUAUUGUCAAGCGAUUGGAACAAUCUCCUGUUUUACUUUAGAUCAAAUAACAUGUGAAAAUUCUGGAUAUUGUUAUUGGAAGAAUUCUUAAUGCCUUUCCCUAUAAUGUCAUUUAGUAAAUAAUUUGGCUGCUUGUCGAUCAGGAGGAGCUUUAGAAAAUCUUUGUAAACAGGUUUCCUAUACACCUCCUCAAUUUAUAGCUUCUUGCUGCAAUAUAGCUUAUACAGCUUAAAAGAUAUAUUUAUAUAGAUUUUUAUCUGACUUAUCAGAAGAAGAUAAAGCACAAACUUAAGCAUCUAUUAUUUAACUAAGUAGUGAAUAACCUAGUGUAUAGGCAAUGGAUAAAUUAUUUUAACUUGACUUUUUAUCAAGUUCUUAAGCAUAAUUAUGUGCUAUUCUUGAUUUAUAUAUAAAAUAAGCAGCUAUUCUGAUUGGAAAGUAUUCCCAUCCAUAUUAUUUGGAAAGGGCAAUUUAUGAAAGUUUAUAAAAUGUUAGAGAUGAUCUUUAUUCUGAUUCACUUUAAAGAAGUUCAACAAUAUGCAAAAUUUUAGAACUUAUAGAUAUUUAUUAUUAGAGAUUAAACACCUAUUCAGAAAAAUAUUAUACUGUUUAUAAUUUUGUGAAUUUUAAUCAUAUUCAUUUGAAAUAUUUGGGAUUUUAAUUUCAAUAAUAAAUAUUUUUAUCAUGGGAAACAUAUCCAGAAAAUGGAUUUUUUGAAUUAACAGUAAUCUAUCCUUAAAUAUUUGGGAUUUAAAAUGCUGUAAGUCCAAUAUUUAUGAUUCAAAUAACAAAUGAAAUAAACUUAAAAUACAAGAUAAAAUGGGCAAAAACUACAUUAAACACAGUACAAUUAAUGAAAAUAGAUUUAGUCAAAAUGAUAUUUUAUGAAGUAGAAUUUUAAUAAGCUUGUUCAAAUGGAUAUUGUAAUGUCAUCGUAAGUGGUUCAGGUAACUUUUUAUUUGUUGAUCCAACCAUUUCAAAUAAUUGUCCUGACAUCUUAGAUUUGACGUUAUGCAUUCUAGCUAAGUGUACAAUCUCAGGUGUUAGCUGUAUUUGA